UAAUUUUACCCAAAUGAGGCCACGAAUCAAAAAGCUCCCACUUUUUCCCUCCCAUGGCGUGGUCGAUACAGGGGGAGGAGUCGAUCAAACCCUAGCAACAAAUCAAAGGAAAAAAAAAAACAAAAACACAAAUCGAAGGGAGUAGGAUUAUACACAAUGAUGGCUGCUGUUUCACCAUCGCAAAUAUUUUUGCGAUACUUACUUCCGCAUGCAUUCAUUUGUUCGCACAAGCAAAUUACACGCACCAUGAAUUUCAGAGCACGAGGGACUCAAAGGCAUCUAAAAUCAUUUCAUCAGUCCUUCAGGAGAUCAUAUAUGGCUGUACAAAUGGAAAAUGGGCAACACUCUAGUUCACGCGGUUCUCUUAUAGUCUUUGAAGGAUUAGACCGAAGUGGGAAAACAUCGCAAUGUGGUAAGCUGCUCUCGUACUUGAAAGGCGAAGGUUUAUCAGUUGAAGCUUGGCGAUUCCCGGACAGAAGCACUGGCGUCGGGCAAAUGAUUUCUUCUUAUCUUGCAAAUCAGUCGAACUUAGACGAUAGAGCAAUCCAUUUGCUUUUUAGUGCAAAUCGAUGGGAGAAAAGAGCUCUGAUGGAAAACAAGCUACAGAGUGGAAUCACACUCAUUGUUGACCGUUAUUCUUAUUCUGGUGUCGCUUUUUCGGCUGCUAAGGGACUUGAUAUCGAGUGGUGUAAGGCGCCGGAAGCUGGUUUAAUAGCUCCAGAUCUUGUGAUAUAUCUAGACGUACUGCCAGAGAAAGCAGCUGAAAGGGGAGGUUACGGCACUGAGCGGUACGAGCAACUUGAGUUCCAAAAAAGGGUUGCAGAGCACUACAAAACACUCCAUGAUGAUUCUUGGGAGGUCAUUGACGGCUGCCUCUCGAUGGAAGCUGUGCAGCAACAGCUGAGAGAGCUCGCGACUAAUUGUGUAAAGACGUGCCAACGAGGAAAGCCUCUUGUCAGCCUCUGGUCGACCAAAUAGAUUCGACUUCCGAGUUCAAACAACGAAGCUGGAUUUAGUUUCGAUCGUUAAGCUCGAAUCAUAAAGCUUACUGAGCUCAACUCGGCCUUAAUCUUAUUCUAUAAGGCGGAUCGGAAUCGGCAAUGUUUCUACUUACUCUGCUCAACUCAGCCUUAAUCUUAUUCAAUUUGGUUGAAAUGGAAGAAUUGUGUUUUUCUGAGUGUUUUUUGAGACAGUAGAUUAAUUUUUUUGGGGCAUUGGUUAGUGGAUUGUGAAAGUGUUUAGUGGAAACUAAGAUGUUCUUUAAAACUUGAAAUUAAUGGAGAGUAUUUAUUUAUUGUUGUUUAA